CUCUCCCGCCCCAUCCGCUGUGCUUUUUAAACCAAGGCGGGACACUCCGAUCCCUUCACUUUGAUCGGUUUAUUUGGUGCUGGAAGAUCACUUACCUUCAUAGGUCACUGUUAAAAUGGUGAGGACUAAAGCCGACAGUGUUCCCGGAUCGUACAGAAAAGCUGUUGCAGCUUCUGCUCCGCGGAAGUCUCUGGGCUCCAGUUCAGCCAACGCCUCCUGCAGUAACAGCAGCCAGUCCUCCACACCUGCAAAGAACAAAUAUGCUGGCGGUAACCCAGUGUGUCCUCGUCCCACUCCGACCUGGCAGAAGGGCAUCGGGGACUUCUUUGGCGGUCCCCCGAGGAAGCCCGAGAAGGAGAACCAGAGACCCCAGGAGGCUGACGAUGAAGAGGAGGCCGGAGGUAGCGGGAUGUCAAAGGCCAGCAGGAAGUCCAGACCGCUGCCUGCUGAGGAUGAGGAGGGUGAUGACUGAAGAUGAUGAAUGGAUCUGUCUGUGACUGUUCCUUCUAUUUGCUGCCUCCUCUCAUGCUCGGUGGCAUAUUAAUGUACAUCUGUAUAUAAUUUCUGCAGAAUUCAUUUUGUAUAGUUCAUUAAACUUUUUGGUUUUUUUAAAAAAAAAAAAAGAAAAAAAUGUUUUUAACCUGCAGUCGCGUCUGUUGUUUGGCUUUUAAAGUUGUUUGCAGUGUUAAUCACAACUAUUAUAAGAGGAAUAUUCAGAUACACAGGAUGUUGCGA